AUGUGGAAGGAGAGAGAGAGAGAGAGAGAGAGAGAGAGAGAGAGAGAGAGAGAGGGAAGAGAUAGUUGGAGAAAAAAAAGGGGGGAAAACGAGAAGAGGCACUCGGCUUUGCCAGCGGUCCUGCAUGCUUUUCCAACAGUGAUUUUGUCCUCUUCUUAGAACAAUUUCAGAUUUAAACCCCCACCCCCCCACCCCUUAUUUCUAAUAGACAGGCCGCAAGAUCUAAGCAAAUAUCACUUGCUCGUUUGCCAAGGACUUUUUCUAUUUUUAUUUUGGACGCAGAAAGUGCUUUCCUCUUUUUUCUUCUCCCCCCCUAAUUUUUGUUUUUAAAAACAAUUUUGUGCACGAGCUGCACGCCUUUUCAAUUUUUUCCUUCCCGCUUCUGCUACUGCUGUCAGAGCUCCUGAAAAAUCCCUCCGGUCUUUUUUUUUUGUGGAAGAGACUAGGGUUUUUUUUGGUACUUAUUAUUUUUUACCCAAUAAAACCAGUUACAUUUUGUUGGAAAAGAUUAAGGGGGAUUUUUAAAAUUAUUUCUUUCUACAACCAACGUGCUGAAUUUAUGAUGAAAGUACAAAAUGGAUGAAUUUCACCCUUUCAUUGAAGCCUUGCUUCCCCAUGUUCGUGCCUUCUCCUACACCUGGUUCAACCUGCAGGCCCGUAAGCGCAAGUACUUCAAGAAGCAUGAGAAGCGCAUGUCAAAGGAUGAAGAGAGGGCAGUCAAGGAUGAACUUCUGGGAGAAAAACCUGAGAUCAAGCAGAAAUGGGCAUCCCGUCUGUUGGCCAAGCUACGCAAGGACAUCCGGCCAGAGUUCAGAGAGGAUUUCGUGCUGACCAUUACCGGCAAGAAGCCACCUUGCUGCGUCCUCUCCAACCCCGACCAGAAGGGAAAGAUCCGACGCAUUGACUGUCUUCGUCAGGCAGACAAGGUGUGGAGGCUGGAUCUGGUGAUGGUGAUCCUCUUCAAGGGCAGUCCCCUCGAGAGCACAGAUGGAGAGAGGCUAGUCAAGUCUCCACAGUGCUCCAACCCAGGGCUGUGCGUCCAGCCACACCACAUCGGGGUGUCGGUUAAGGAACUGGACCUCUACUUAGCCUACUUCGUUCAUUCACCAGAAUCAGGACAAUCAGAGAGCUCCAACCCGCAAGGAGAGACUGACAUCAAACCUCCACCUAACGGGCAUUUGAGUUUCCAAGAUUGCUUUGUGACAUCGGGAGUAUGGAAUGUUGCCGAGCUCGUCAGAGUGUCUCAAACCCCCGUUGCCACAGCAGCAGGGCCCAAUUUCUCCCUGGCUGACCUUGAGAGCCCUGGAUACUACAACAUAAACCAGCUGGGGCGACGCUCAAUUACUUCUCCCCCAUCCACCAGAUCAGCCGAAGUGGAGCUCUAUGCAAGCCUUCCCAGGAGCUCCACCAAGCGCAAAUCAAUUGAUGACAGUGAGAUGGAGAGUCCUGUGGAUGACGUGUUUUAUACAAGUCGUUCACCAGCAGCCAGCAGUAGCCAAUCUAGUGGCUGGCCAAACGAGGUGGACACAGUGCAACACCAUUUGGCGAAUGUGCAGGAGCGGAAGAUUAAACAUGAAAACGAUGGCAUGCAGUUUCCCUAUCAUGGACUGUCAUCGCCUGGUUCUCUUAAGAAGCCGGGAAAGUUCGAUUUUGGCAGCGCCCUGUCCCCACAGACGAGGUCGGCGCGUAUGGCUUUCACCCACCAUCCGCUGCCAGUCCUAGCAGGAGUGAGACCAGGUAGCCCCCGUGCUUCAGCCUCUGCUCUGCACUUUCCUUCAUCCUCCAUUAUCCAGCAAUCAAACCCUUACUUCACUCACCCCACCAUUCGUUACCAUCACCAUCCUGGCCAGGACCCUCUAAAAGAGUUUGUUCAGUUUGUCUGUUCAGAUGGGUCUGGGCAACCUCCCACACAGCCAAACGGGAAUGGCCAGGGCAAAGUUCCAGGUUCCUUCUUGUUGCCACCACCUCCUCCAGUGGCCCGUCCAGUGCCCCUCCCAAUGCCCGACUCUAAACCCAGCUGUACACCCCCUGAUGGCGGACUCUGCUCGCCGACAUCACCGUCAUACUCAGCGCCAGCCUCCUCCGCUGCAAACCGGUUUGUCAGCAUCGGAUCACGGGACAACAACUUUCUAAACAUCCCUCAGCAAGCACAGUCCUGGUUCCUCUGACAAGAUCUUCACAAGCAAAUAUUACAAAAAUUUGAAUAUGAACGCCAUAAGAAUUGCCCUCCAGCCUCUCACGAAGGAAGAAGAAAGAAAUACUGAGGGGAGAAGAACAGAGAAAAUUGACAACUCUAAAUAUGGAGGUUGCAGAGGAAGAGGAAAUGGAUUUCCUUUAAAACAGAUAAAUUAUACUAUAUGGGGAAAUGUCAAUCAGCAUUGGGAAUUUGGGCAAUUAGAAGGGAUGGGCAAUGCAAGCUUGGGGUGGGGGGGGGGGAAUGGUGGGGAUGUGGCGGUCAAUCAGUCCCUUGAUGAAAUUGCACACAUACACAAACACAAACACCCAUACUGUAAGUAGCACCACCUCAGGGUGGACUGGCUUCACUGUAGGAAACACAGUAUUUAUAAGUGACACCAGUAUGCAGAGGUUUAUUAUUGGCCUUGUUACCAUGAAAUUCAUCAUGACCAACCUUUGGAGCAGAAUGAAUGGAGUUCUUUAUGAGGGAGGAGAUGAGUCCGAUUUUCAUGAUCCGUUCCUUGCAAUGGAGUCAAUAUUAGAUUUCACUGCUAAAUGUGGUAUUGUUAAAUGUAGAGGAGACAAGACUCGAAUAUGAUCAUAUAGUGUGUUUGGUUCCACCUGCCUAUGUAAAUAUUAAUUGUUUUUUCAUCGAUAAACCCUGACCCACAGAAGUGCGUUCUGUUUUUUAUUUCAAGUAGAAAUGAAUCAUUUCCCCCUGAAGUCUAACUCUUGAAAGAAAUGAUCAUGACCUCGCCGGUCUUAGCUGAAACCUGCAAAGAAAGGCAUAAAAUAUUUGCUGACCACCAUACAGAGCUGAAUGGCAUUUAAUGCCAAAGGAAUUUGAUGCCCUAGCAAGUGAGACGAGUGUCUUUUCUGUACAUUACAGUAAAGCUCAAUACAUUUUAAAUGUAAAACUAAUAGAAUUAAAGUCCAUUACUGCAAUUCACGACAAAAGUCAGCAUCUAGAUAAAAUUGUAACAGCAACAGUAGAAAAAAAUAUUAGGUUUGUCCACAUUUAUCAAACAUCACUGUUUUAAGCAAAAAGAAGGCUUCUUAUAAGCCCUGUGCUAAAUUUAAAAUGUAAUAUUGGCCACUGUAUCAAUAGCAGCCCAAACCUUGUGGAGGCCUACACCUAAACCAGUCAUUUUAUCAUUUUAAUAAUGAUCCAGCUAGCAUUAUCUUCCCAACGUACACAUCUGUCAUAAGCACCAGUCAAAGCCGAACAUUUUAACCUUAAAGUUUGCUACUUGUAUUACUGAUGGUCUAGCAACAACUCCUUGAUCAUAGGAUCUUUCAGCCAUGUCCGCAGUAGUCCAAAAAAAGUCCUACAUCUGCCCCCUAAUCAUGAGAAGUGUUAACAAUCUGAGUAAUGGCUCGUCACUAAAUCAUCUUUAGCUCUUUAGUUAUUGUAAAUUCCUAACACCAGCAGGAAUGUUUCUAUUUUAUCGUUUCUCAUGACAGUAGUAGUGCAAGUAACAGAACAUCAGCCUCCUGAACCGUAAUAUCUGUCUGGAGCGUCAACCUCCUUACUUUGUUGUUUGCCAGGCAUGUGAACAGUGGAUUAACUCUAACCAGAUCAAUAACUCUUACAUCUCGAACCCAAACAGAAGUGCCAGCCGCCUAACUAAGAUUAUUUAGUUAAUCGAAUGAUGAUUCAUCUCUAGCCCGGCUUUGUUGUCCUUCAUAAUAUCUAGUCAUUAAUAGCCCCACAUACAUCUUACGUGCCAGCUGUGUCACAAUUAGUUGACUGUUUAGUUCUUCAAAAAGCUGCCAUUGAUUUUAGUAAAUGAUACGCACUUUUGGUUGUUUUUUUGGAUUAAUCAAUGUUGUAAGUUUAGUUGCUAGAGCUUGAACUUAUUCACAUGCCUAGUGAAUUUGUCAGCUUAGCAUUUAGAGCAGGGGUCUCAGGCUGCGGUCCUGGAGCGCUACUGUGGCUGCAAGUUUUCAGUCAAACUCUUUUCUUAAUUAGUGACCCAUUUCUGCUGCUAAUGAACUAUUACCCAUUAUUGUAUUUGACUUUUUUAAAUACUCUGACCUCUGAAUUAAUUUUUUUUUUUCCUUAAACAACACCUAAAUAGAAAUUUGACGUGAAGUGAGCCAACAGAUGACUAGCUAAGUUGGGGCCUCAAACUCCAACCAACUUCACUCCAUUUAGUUUCAACUCCUGUUGCUAAUUAAACUCGUCAUUUAAUUCCGUGGCUCUCAUUCUCCCACGGCAGACAUUUCUAAAACUGUUUUAAGAGUACUGUCAGUGUUUUGGUGACCUGGGGGGUAUUUUUCGUACGUGGAUUACUUAAGUCUGGACCGCGUGGACCUCCACCUGUUUUUUGCUUGUCUGCCUCCUUAUUAGCUUUAAAAUUAAUGUUCUUUACAUAAUAUAUGAUUCUUUAUGUCAACAAUUCUUUAAAUUGUUAUAUACCAAUAUUUACCAGUUUGAAGUAUAUUCUUGUACUUCACUUUAACCUGUUCCCAUGUUCUCCUUGUGCUCACGUUUGAUCUGGAAUUAUGACAUAUUAAAUAAUAAUUAAUCUGACACAUAGGAAAUGAAACGCUGCAUUCAGUAAGUACAAUGCACACUACUUAGCGUUUAAUUUGUCGGCCACUUUUUGCCAGCCGUCUUUUCUGGUCUGGGCUGCUUUUGCAGUGUUACCCCUUAUGUAUAUUAAAUCUUGAAAUUCUUUGCGCCCAUUCUUUCGUCAUUUUGUUGCAGCCUAUCAAAGACUUGCUGAUCAUGUUUUCUAGACUCAAUAUAUAUGGGCUUUUUACUCAGUGCGGGCGCACGCAUUCAUCUCGUAUGAUUAGAUCCAUCUCGACUAAUCUACUACACCGCUGCGUUUGAAAAACCGACUUAUCUGGAUGAGUGUCACCGGCAUUAACUUAUCCAAGAUGAGGCACCUGAUCUCGGAUGGUUUAAGCGACGUACGAAAAAUACCCCCCUGAGCUGAUCAACAUUACUGAGACCGUCACCUUUGUUUAUUUUCAGAUAUUGUAUGAUGGACGCAGGUUGUUGUUUAUGUGUCGGCUCAUUUUGUGUCUCAUUAUUGUUUGGCUGCUAAUUAAGGAGAAAUGAAAUAAUUACGGGGCCUAUGUUUUAAGUAGUGCAUCAGUUAAAAUUAAGGUAAAAAGUUAAUUAGCAGAAAACUCUGCUCACUAAUUAAGAAAAGGGUUAAAAUGAAAACCUGCAGCCCGUGUUGGAGACCCCUGAUUUAGAGGAUUUUGCAAAGAUUUUCUGUUAUUAGUUGCCUCUCUUAUGCGGGUGUCUCUCCUGUAUGUAUUUCUAGCCCAUUUUGUUUCUUUUGGUAUAAUGGGUGAGUAAUUGUAGUCAGUAUAUAGUAAGAGUUGUACUUUAUUCAGUAAACAUUUUUCUUUCCUUCCUUUAAGGACUCAGAAUGCUCCUUGCAAAACUGUGAAUUGAACACAGCAGUAUUUAUGGAGUCUGGUAGAGGUUUCUUGAAUGUUUGGCCACAUAAUUAUCAAGGCUUUGGCACAGCUGCUUAGAACACUGGGCACAGAUCCUCCAGAACACGUCAAGCUGCUGUUGUUUUUAACAAUUUCAUAUUCCAUGAUUUAGUAGGAAAUUCUGUUGAUCUCAAGACCACAGUUUCACAUCGACUAAUAUGAGUCCCCUGCAUUCUAUGUUACCUGAAGUGGAAAAUUAUGGUAUAGAAAUGAAAUCUCCUGGAAUUAUGAGAAAUGGAACAAAGGAUGCAGGUGCAGCUUCAGAUGUGGGAAUAGGACAAUAUUAUUUUGGCCACCAAAUUCUCAGUAUGCAUAUCUAUCUUUAUUUUUGGUAGUAAUGAAAUUUCUGAUAAAUAAUUCUAUUAAAAUAGUCCCACAUAUAAAUAAGUGCAGGUGUUGUGCUUCACUAGUUCGUUUCUCAAAUCUGUUCUAGUUCUACACAAAGAACGACUCCACAAGUAAAGAUCCCUCUUUCCACGUCUUACUCCACGGGUUUAGUGAUCUGCGGCCAUUCACCUUCAGGUGGACAAUGUGGGGGGGAGUGUUUUCCACUGUGAUACCAGGCUAUUUAGGACUUGCUUGUCACAUUCUCAUCCGUUACUCUUACAGGCCAUUCAGCAAUCUCUCACACACAAAAGUCGAACAAAUAAAAAAGCAAAACCCAUUUAAAAUAUUAAAGCUGGACUUGUACAUCAGAGUUGCAGAACUCCAAAAUGGGAACAAAUAAGUAACAAGAGGCCGCUGUGAUUGUAAAAUGGUGACAGUUUUCAUACAGGGUAUUAUUAUUGUCUUUGGGGGUUUUAUUGUUGUUUUUUUAACAUUAUUUUUAGAUAAUUCUGACCUCAUAAAAAAAAAAAAAAGACUGGUCAUGUCCUGACUGCCCAUGAGAUUGUCUGUACAAGGACUGACCGUAGUGAACACAGGAAGUGCCUUUGAUAACCGCAGUCCAGUCGGUCCGAGGGCAUUGAUACAGGAGUACCACCUGGAGCAAGAGGGCUGUGUUGUGGGCAUUUCCAUAUCCACCGCCUGGCAUGCUGUGCAGUUACUUCAUUUAUCAAUUACAUCAUUGUGAUGAUUUUAUUUGUUGAUAAUAUGUGAGCUUCUGAGCGGGAAGUAAAGGACCACAAGAGAUAAUUCUUGUAAUUAGCACAUCACAAUCCACUGGCAUUGAAAGGAAAGAGUACUGUAGCUUGAGCUGUGACACUUCUUCAAGUGUCUUAUUUUUCUUAUAAAAGUCAGCUGGCUGAGACGCUGAGAUUCUGCACAGGGCCCUCAUUGGUAAUUCACUCGUAACCUCCAUUGCCAUCAGUAAGCAGGCAGCACUGUGCAGAUUCUGAGUUUUUUUCCUUUACAAGAACUUGUAUAUUGUUUGUUUAUCUUCAUGCGCAGUUUCCUACGCAAAAUCUUCAUUUCUGUUUGCUUUUCUUCCAUCUCCUUGUGCAGGGUUUGCAGUUUCUUUAACAAGAAAUCUCAUAAUGUAUAUUCUUCUGUUACGAGUAACCUAGAUGUCGUCGAUCCUCAUUGCAUCAGCAGGCUAGACGCCGUACAUUUUGGUGAUUACAAGAAUGUGAUCUUUGUUGUUCUCUAAGGAAUCAGCUGGCUUCACUGCACAGAUAUUGCAGUUUUCUGUACAAAAUCCUACUGUCUGUCCGGUUUGCUUUUGUCAGUCAGUUUUCUGUGCACAGUUUUUGUCUUAUAGUACGUGCAGCCACUCUACAAGAAUAUGGUCAAUGGACGGUGACUUCACUCUGCCAGAAUACAAAGACACGUAGACACAAAGGUUUUGAAAGAUCCCAUCCGGGAUGAUAGUAGUGGCUGUCCAAAUUCAUUUACCGAAGAUUUCAAGUGGACUUUAUCUUGAUUGCUGCACAAACAAUGCCAGGAACAGGAUCAGGAUUUGCUCUCCUAAAGGGCCCAUCCUACCCACAAAGCAAUGCUCUGUAACCCAGUCUAGUUUCUUUGCUGAUAAUCCGAAAAAACCCUAAAUUGUAACACAGGCAGGCGCUCUGAAAACUAACCCGGUUUCCACAAUAAAUCACGUAGUACUUAAACAUCAGACAGACCGACAGGUAGCUUCAACACACAAAAGGGGUUACAAUCAGAAGAAAAUCGUUGUAACAGCAGUCUGUGUUUUUCGAUGGAAAGUAUUAUUAAUGGAAAUCUAUGUUGCUUGAGCCAAGUGCAAUGCAUUGGAUAGUUAAGUAUCUUUGUAUGUUAGAGAUUGUUAAGUAAAAAAAAAAGGAAAAGAAAAAAAAAAUCUAUUUUUGUUUUUAAAGUCCACAUGCCCUGGGACUCUAAAUAAGAGGGAUGAAAAGAGAUCCCAGCCUUUGUAAGUUUUGGGAAAGUUUUUUUUUUAAUGUUUAUUUCUAAUGAUUUGUUUUUACGUGAGAGGGCUGAAGGAAAAAUUUUACGAAAAGAAAUAAAAUUAAAAAUUGGUGCUUUUUAUGAUAUAAAGUACAUUCAGCUCUAUUAUACAUAAAUAAACAAAUAAUUGUUAUCAUAAAGCACAUUUUAUGAAAAAAGCAUUAUUCUACUUCCUGUCUUAUUUUGUAUUUAAGGUGGGCGUUACAUUAUAUUCCAAACUGUGGCAAAACGGCAGCUUUCAAACUUUACCUUGCUUUGGAUUAUGGGACACAGUCCAGUCAGUCUGACCCUCGAGAUAACAAAUAUGCAACGUGACCCCUGCUGUAACUGCAUGGCAGCUUUUCAUUUUUGCACUUCUUUACCAAAUUGCUGUGGCAAUUUUUUUAGAUUUCUUUUCGAGACAGCCAAGCUUUUGCUUUCUUUUCCAGUUUUCUGCGAGUGCCUCAUUUCCACGUCGAUGCCGUGACCCAGCAGUUUUGGAACCUCAUGUUCUUGUGGCUGCACCCUGCCCGGGAUUGGUUCCUGCCUUGUGCCCUGUGUUGGCUGGGAUUGGCUCCAGCAGACCCCCGUGACCCUGUGUUCGGAUUCAGCGGGUUGGAAACUGGAUGGAUGGAUGUUCUUGUGGGCUCCGUAAAGCACCUCAUCAAAGCGUUCUGUACACUAGAGGGUAACUGAUAGGCUCAUCAGACCACUUGAAGUACCUUGUGAAAAUAAAAAAAUGGGUGCUAGCAAAAAGAAGAAGGGCCUCCAGAAGCAGGUUAGCAUAUGUUAUAUAAAAUGAGCAUUAGUUAGUUCAUUUCCUAAACAAAAUAAGACUUAAGAAUCAUUUUGACAUGGUGUCUUUAAUCAACAGUAUCAUUUCCCAUCUUUUCGAUAAUGCCCUUAAUUUAUUGCCGCUUUAUACAAAGGCUGAUGUAUUCUUUAUUUGAUGAUAAUGCAAGUAAUCUUAUUAUUUGUUAUGUUCAGAAUGAUAACAUCUUUAUGACGCUUACAAAAGUUAAAAAUGGAGUCCUGGGUAAUACUGGGAAGCAGUGUCCCCCUAGUGGUUAAAGCGUUGAACUAUAAAGCAGAUAAGUUGCCACCCACUGUAGGCGUCACAAGUGCCAACAGUGUACAGUUUCUUACGCACGUAAGACGCGCCUUUGCAGGGUGUUCACCGUACUGGAGUGCUGUAUACAGUUCCACAAAUUAAUCUGUACCUAUCACUGUGAUAUCCAAAACAAGUGGUCUGCACAAAUGAAAUGCCUUCAGCUGGUGUUGACAAUGGAAAGACAAUUCACAGAAUCACAGGGAGUAUUGCACAGCCUGACUUACUGAAGGACUCCUAAGCAAGUCACUUGUAGAAAUAAGGAGACAGUUGUUCCCAUGCAACAUGUCAGACACCUCACAAAAGCUCUGGCCCCAGUUGCAGGUACGUGGCCUGCGAUUUGGAGUUGAAUCCGUGUUCAUUUGAUGCACCCUAGUUUCACUUCCAGCUUCUGAACGAUCUCAUUGCCCCAUCUUGUCUCGGACUUGUUUUUCUCCAGACAAACCCGUGAUGACUUGCUGACGCAAUUUCUACUCGGUCUUUGGUCAGAAUUGUGCUCUAGGGCAGCCACAUUAAAGUAACUGUUGUCCUUGCUGUGGUAGUUGGCUGUUGUAGAGUCUGGCAAAGAGAAGAGCUGCAUGCUUUUUUAAUAUAGUAAAAUUAAAUUAGGGCCGAUUAAAGACGGAACACUUGACACCUAAUUUCUCUCUUGAAACAACAUAAGAUGCGCUGUAUAAAGUAAUUUGGAGUUGUGUCGUUUGCCUGCUGUUACACUCUCCUGCAGUAUUAGAACACUAAAGACGACGAGGUCCUUCUGUCGAGAGGAUGCGGUUUGCAGGGGAGAGCCGUAAAGUAAGAAGAAAAAAUAGUUGACCCAAAUUUCAAAACACAUUCUGUAAAAAGCCUUUAAGCGAAGAGUACUUUGAGUUGCGUUAGAUGAUGCUGAGCCUUUUAGAGAGGAAGUCAGUGAUCCCAAGUUUUCCUGCAUCUUCACCAGGGCCGGAUUUAUAUGAAAAGAGGCCCUAGGCUAUUCCACUUACGAGGCCCUUUCACCUUCCAUUUUCAAGUUUGUAAAUUACAUGAGAGAUAAUAAAAUUUUGCUAACAAUUUGAAUGUAGGCCCCUCUUGAUCUUGAGGCCCUAGGCUGAAGCCUAGUCAGCCUAUAGGAAAAUCCAGCCCUGAUCUUCACAUAUCUGUCGUAAACCCAGGCAAUGUGGUGCAGGUUGUUAAAAAGCACUCGUGAAACAUAUGACAGAUCAACAAACAUCUGCGGGGCACCGUGCUACAACAGUCUGGGAAGGAAGAGGGCUCACAUGGGACCACUGAUGUCCAUUGUCACAGGAUUUAGAAUGACUUUAGACCUUAGGGUCGUAACAGCUUGGGGUGUCCACUGCAGAGCGACACUGAGGUCAGGGUUAGCCGCUGGUCUAAUGAGCGAUACUCUAACCUGAUCUGCACACGCUUCUGAAGAUGUGCACUCACACGCAGGAGAAUCUGAACCUCCUCCGCUAACCGUCACCUCCAUCACCUCGUACAGAAAUGUAAGGCCCCCCAGUCCUAUAUGUGGAGGUCAGCCUGGCUGUGUUUUCCCACAGAAGCAAGAUAAAGUUGCCAAGUGCCUUUUGCGUGCCGGUUCAAUCGUAUAUCCACAAUGCCCAGUUGAAGAAACUUUACUUCUAGCCUUUUGAACAGUAUAUAUAGUACUAAAGGAAAUUGGUGUGAUUUAUUUCUUCUCCUUGUUUAAAAAAAAAAAAAAGAAAAAAAGAAAACUUUGUAUUUCUCUCUCUCUUGCGCGCUCCGCUCUCUCUCUCUCUCUCUUCUUCGUUCUUCUUCUUCCUCCUCUCUAGACACUGGAGUAGCUUAGCGUCUUUGUUUCACUUGUCCCUUUUGGGUUUUACUUCUCAAUGUUCCGCAGAAUGCAGUUAUCAUGUAUGUUAUAUUGUCUGUAUGCUUCACAAUGUUAUAUCAUACCGAUUUCUUCAGCUUUUCCAUUGAACAGCUAAUGUAAGUGAACAAGUUACACCCAUGGGCCCAGGGGGGGCAAUUUGCAUGUUUUCAGGUUAAAAAAAAAAAUAUAGUUAAAAAGACAAAGGCGGCUUCCCUGGGAUGGGAUGCAACAACUACCUGGAAUGGGAGAUCCUCGUCUGCAGGCGGUACUCAUCAUAAAAAUAAAAUAAAUAAUAAUUACAAAAAUGGUGAAAUGUCCGCACCAGUCAUCCCCCCCAAAGUUGAGGGGAUUUGCAGCAAAGAUAUACAUAAUUGGACUUGCGGCUGAUAAGAAGAUGGUACAGAAAAAAUGUACUCAAGUAGUGCCCACCAGAGCACUGUAACGUCACCCUAUGAAUGAAGGCCACAGUGUAAAGUGUAGGAAUGCCAGGCAGCUUAGGCCUCCCCUCAUCCACAGUGGUCUUCACGCUUAAAUGUGGACACUUUAAACUGGAGAAUAAUAACAAGAAACAGUUCCGAUGACACGCUUUUACUGUCCAGUCAGGGCUUCCACCUGACAUUAUGGAGGUCCCUUUCUUCUGACCUUAUUGUUACUGAGGACCGUCUGCGUCGAGCUUGUCCACCAGAUCUCGGUUAACUUUGCAUUCCACCUCAGCUGCUCCUUUGUCUCUGGAAACAGUCCCCUGUGUUCAUGAUGAAAUGCAUGUGUUAAUUACAGUUUCUUUUCCAUAAUAAUAAAAACAGUUUUAUAGAGCAGCACCUUUAACUGAUUGAAUAAAAGGAUGUUCUUGACUGUAA